GUCUUGAUAGAGAUUUCAAACACACGUAUGAUACUCUAAUAAUUCUUUACAAGCCUUCUUUAAGCAUUGAACAAGAGAUAAUAAUCAUACCAUCUAUAAAAUCUCAAUUUCCACCACAACAAUCAUAUAAUAGUCAACCAAAAUGAUCCUACACAUCAUUGAGCUCGCCCGAGUCACCCCCGCACCCGACUCGCCCGAGCCAGCCAACUCGCUCUCAAUACCGUUGACUUUCCUCGAUCUGCCAUGGCUAGUCUUCGACCCACUCAAGCGAGUCACUUUCUACCAACUCAACGAGUCAACUCGUGAUCAUUUCUACUCCUUCAUCCUCCCUAAGCUCAAGCUCUCCCUCUCCCUCGUCCUCCGCAGCUACCUCCCUCUCACGGGCCGCAUCAUCUGGAACCCAAACGAGCCCAAGCCCACCAUCCUCGUCACCCAUAACGACGCCGUUUCCGUCACCGUUGCUGAAAGUGACGCGGAUUUUUAUUUUCUCUCCGGUUACGAACAACGUCCCGUUUCAGAGUUACACAACUUGACUCCCAAGUUACCUGUUUCCGAUGACUCACUAACCGCUUACGCUCUUCAAAUCACGCUGUUCCCUAACAACGGAUUCUCCAUCGGGGUCACCGCAAACCAUGCCGUUUUAGACGGGAAAACGCUAAGCAUGUUCUUCAAAGCUUGGGCCCACGUGUGCAAACAACUCCACGAGGACAACAAAGUCGUCUCCUCUCUACCAGAGACACUAACUCCGUCUCUUGACCGGUCUUUGAUCAAAGACCAAACCGGACUCGAUCAACAGAUGAUCGAGAUGGUGAGAUCAAUGAAAAAGGACAAAACCAACGAGAGUAGAAGCUUAACUCCGAUCCUCUCCAAGGAACCCGAACACGACGUCGUUCUAGCCACGCUCUUGCUAUCUCGCGAUGACGUGGAGAAACUCAGAGAACGAGUCAAGAGCCUCCUCCACGUGUCUACUUUCGUCAUCGCUUAUGCUUACGUCUGGACAUGCCUCGUGAAGGCGCGUGGUGGAAACGGGGAGAGGUUAGUGAGUUUCCUUUUCGUUGGUGAUCUUAGAGAGAGACUUGACCCGCCGCUUCCGGCGACUUACUUCGGAAACUGCUUGUUUCCGGUUGGUGACUAUAACCGGAAGGCGGUGGAAUUCGAGGGAAGGGAUGGUUUGGUUACGGCGGUUGAGAUCAUGAGCGGUUUGGUGAGAGGGUUGAGUUCAAGAAAGGUGGAGACGAUAGCGGAAGAGUUCAAGAUUGGGUUUGAUUCUUUGAGUGUGACUUCGCAGUUCGGUUCGGUAGCCGGGUCGAACCGGUUGGGUGUGUAUGAAUCUGAUUUUGGGUGGGGGAGACCGGUUAAGACUGAUGUUGUUUCCAUUGGAAAAGAGGGAAUCUCCAUGGGGGAGAGACGUGAUGAGUCAGGUGGUGUUGAGAUUGGAGUGUGUCUGAAGAAGACUGACAUGGACAUUGUCUUUACUCUCUUCAACAAUGGUUUAAAAAACUAAACUGUUUUUUUACUUUCUUCAAGAACAAGGUAAAGUUUAAACCAACAAAAAUAAAAUAAGGUAAAGCUUAUUGAGUUUGUUCUUGUUUCUCGUUCUGUUUUUAUAUUUUAAAAUAGUCCAACUUGAAGAGAAAUGAAGGUUUAUUGUAUUUAUUAGUUUAUCCAAAAC